UCCGCCAUACGUAGUCCUGCCAAGACAGUUAAAUAUUCUCAAAACAGCCUCACUCUAAAAGCUCUGGCCACUGUGAUAGGAGGUUUCCAGCGCUGCUAUCCUGUUCUCCUCCUCUACAACUUCCUGAAGAAUCCUCAAUGGUAUUUUGAUCGCUCCUAUCCUCAUCGCCUCCUCUACAACUCCCUCGAAAACUAUCGAUGGUUACUACAACUGCUUCUAUCCUCUACGCCUCCCCCUACAACUCCCUAG